GCACUUUCUCUCUCUCUCUCUCUCUCUCUCUCUCUCUCUCUCUAUCUAUCUAUCUCUAUCUUACAUUCCCUCUCUCUCCCUUUAUCUUUCACUCUCACGUUCCAUUUUUUAUUUCUUUUCGUUGGUGGGUGUCACUCAUCGAUUCGUACCGAGAGUGUAGUUCACUCUCUCACCAGGGACGGUCGAUGAAAGAGAAUGAAGGGAAUCAGUGACAAGAGGAAAGAGGAUGACGCUCAUACGACAUUUGUACAAAACGAACGCCCUUCAUUCGGACGAUUUCGCUCUUUAAACAACAUUAUACCGUCCUCAUGCUUGGCAGCAAUUUUUCUGGGUCUCCUUUAGAGCUGUACGAGCAUGGGUGCCCGACGAUUAGGCUACGGUGGGAGUCGAGGAAACGCCGGGUUACUGAAGGAAAGGGCAAACCUGUCCUUCAUGCUGGUAAUCAUGUUCUUCGCCGUUUUCGGUUUGAUCGUUCUCACAGAGAUAUUUCUGAUCGACGAAAGACGCGGUGUAAAUCUCAGCGGUACAGGUGCAUUAGGUGGUCACAGAAACGGACAUCGUUUGGCGGCGGCACCAGAUCGUCCGGAUUACGGAGAGAUCGGAGCUGAAGACUACGUCGGCUUAAAGGGUACCUUCGAUGAUCAUAUCGGUUUAUUGGUUCACGGUGAGGAAGGCGGACAGAAGGCAGCGAUUCACGCAGAUCCGAGGGUCCUACCAAGCUUACCACCUAGUUUGGAAGCUCGUUUACCGCAAUUAGACCAAAGCUUGAGGGUCACGCAUGCCGAGUGGUUACCAGUUACCAAUACCAGAUUCAAAUUCUUCGUUUAUUCGGCAUACUACGAUGAUAGAGUAGCUGGUAACAGUGCAUCUGGGAAAGUUAAUAAGGGGAUAGUACGAGUAAUAAGUGCAACAAAAACUCGAGGUCCGGAACGAGUAUGGUGCAGACUUUGGUAUCGUCAGCAAAACAGUGGGAAUGUAACGGCCUCGGUAACAGUUGCUGCUAAAGUGAAGGUGAUCAGAGAAAAUUGGAAUUUGAAAUAUAGCGCCUGCUUCGUUAUCUGCCCUUUACCAAAGGAAUCGAUCAUGGCUGACAGUAUACCGGAAGCCGUUAGCGUCGUAGCUAGAUUAAGAGCUUCUCCAACCAAUCGAAUCCUCGUUUUGAAUCGACCUGAGGAUAGGUUAAAGGACAGAGAACCAUUAGCAGUUUGUGUGAAACCUUUGCAUUACGAUUACAAUCGGGUAUUGCAAUUGGUAGAAUUUAUCGAGCUCUACAGAUUACUUGGUGCAACUCACGUUACUCUUUACAACGAUACCGUUGGUUCCGAAACUGAUUGUGCCCUCAAGUAUUACGAGAAUAAAGGUCUUGUAACUAUUUUACCUUGGCACCGUUUGGAUAUGAUAUCUCAGCGAGAGAUACGAACGGAAGGACUUUUCGCGGCUUUGAACGAUUGUCUUUAUCGGUCCAUGUAUAAAUAUGAAUACGUAGCGCUCGUCGAUCUCGAUGAGUUCAUCAUACCACGUCACAAUGACACCAUAGUCGAUCUUAUAAGGUGGAUGAGCAAUCGUAUAAAUACCAAAUCAACGGGAGCUUAUUCCUUUCAAAAUGCAUUUUUCUAUUUACAAUGGGCGGACGAUCCGUUCGUAGUGAUGAGCAAAACACCGACUGAAGCUGGCCUGAUCACGUUAAGAAAAACUAGACGAAGAACCAAGUUACAUCCACACAAGCAACGAUCGAAAUACGUUUGCAAGCCUCAGGGAGUCGUUGAAGCUGGCAAUCAUUUCGUUUGGGAGUUCAUACCUGGGCAUGGUACAUUGAACAUGCCUUUGGAUGCUGCUAUAUUACAUCAUUAUCGAGUAUGCGAGUUUGGUGGCGAUGAUUGCGUUAAAACACCUUCGGUGGUCGACAGAACGGCCUACAAAUACAAGGAUAGGCUAGCAGACAACGCCGAUAGAACUUGGAUAGAGCUUAGUAACGAAUGUACCUUGCCUGAAUUGGAUCCCGUGCCAAUAAUGACGCCACGAAUAAAAACUAGUCCAUUGGGGAAGUCAGUUAGGUAGCGAAAGACUGUCGUUGAAGUCCCAUGGGACAUUAGGAAUUUUACCGGCACGCCGAGGGUCGCCAGGACCUAUUUUUACAAUUAUGGUAACCCUUGAUCGAUCGAUUAACAAAGUCGACGGAUCUUUCGUGGGAAAUAUCUGAUCAAAUUUCAUCAGGGUAAAUCGUAAAUACACCCUUUUACCCUGUUGGCUUACAUACGUCCGGAAGCUCAAAAUUUAUUCUUCCGAGUUGGAUACGUUCGAAGGAUUCAUUAUAUAUCCGUGAUAAUACUGACCGGAGUAAUUGAGUUGGGAAUAACCGAGAUGAUAUCGACAGAUCGACGUUACCUUCGAGGUCCGAUCGAAGAAUUUCAAUUCGUUCGUUUCGCGAGAUUAUACAUAUAGGGGUGUUCAUUCGGUGAAAAGUGGAUCAACAAUAUUUUUCUACGUGGACUCAAAAAAACCGGGUCACCCUACACGUCGUCUCGCGUUUAUUUUAUUAUCCGACGUCUGAUUAUUUGUUCUCGAAGCUUUUUUCACUGUCCUUUUAUUUAUUUAUUUUUUUUUUAUAUCUCUAUGUGCGCUUUCGAACGUUUCAUCGAGUUAACACCGGCGGCAGUCAGGAUUCUAUUUUCUCUUUUUUUUUUUCUCUUUUACUUUCAUGGAUCCAAUACUUUCUGUCUAUCGUUCUGAAAUUAUAAUUAGCAAGCAAACGAGGAUUACUUGAUAGACUGCAUUGAAAGUUGAACACGCCAUCGCUUAACCAAACUGCAUUCAAAUAACACUUUUAGCCUCUCUAAAUGUUGCACGAUAAAUACAAUAACUAUAUUCAAAGUUAGACAAAGUAUCAAUAAUAGUACACAAAAUGUUCUCGAACGAAUCGAUUUUACUUUCACUGUAUUUGUACCUGUUCGUUAGAUAGAAAGUAUAAUGAUCCAAAAUAUGCGAUAGUAAAUGUCAAUGAUAAUCUGCUGCCUGUUAGGUCUUGAACGUAUAUCGUAUAGCUAAUAUCUUUUUUUUUGUUGGACACCCGUGCUAUACUAUUCAUUUACAUACCCAUAAGAUUAAUUAUUUCAACAAAUGCUGCCAUUGAGAUUAUUAUCGCAGAACAUUACUCGAUUACUGUUAACUAUUUGCUGAUGCUGUUGCUGCUGAUAAUGAAUUAUAUCGUUGUAGAGAAAAAAAUCUUUAACAGAAGACUGUUAAUUCGGUAGUUAUGGCCUAAUUUUUUCGGUCUAAGGUCUUUUAACCACAUUGGCAAUAAACCAAUACACCAGUUCAACAUUUUAAAGAUCCUUUUCUCGUUUCGAUAAUUAUCAAUUAUUUCUUUCAUUUGAUCAUGGAAAAAUAAUAUUUCAAAAGAUUUAGAAUAUUUUUUAUUUUAUCAUCUCAUUAGUGAUCAAUUUUAUACCAUAAUGAUAAACGUUGAAAGAUUAUUGUGAAUAUAGAUCAUGAAGAUUAUAAGUUUCGCUCGUUUUUUUAGUUCAAAAUAUCCUCUUCAUUCUUUCUUUAUUUUGUUUCUUUUUUUUUUUUCGAACGAGCGCACUCAAAAUCCGCACAACGUGUUUAAACGAACUCCCUAUGCAUAUCCAUAGGAACAAUAUCCGACGUAGACGUAGUUAAUGUAUGUACAAUGUGUACUUAGAAAUUCUUAAUAUUAAAGAUCCAAUAGGAGAGUAUUAUAGAAAAGAA